GAGGUGGUUUGCGGGUGCAGCUUGUGUGAGGAGAGCUUUUGGAUCGUCCUCCGUGAGUUGGGCGCCAUGGCUGCCUUCUGGGCAGAGUGCAGGGUCUGCCUUAAAUGUUGUGGGGGUGUCUGUUCACAACAAAGGCAUAAGUUGGGAGCGACUGAGCCACUCCAGGAGGAGGUGUGGGCCCAUGGCGUGUUGGAGGUGGAGCCACAGGGCCUGUCCAUAGGGUGGAAGCCGUGUGGGUGACAGAGAGAAACCGGGGCUCACGGCCUGGGCAGCAGGACAGGUGGAGUCGUCCUCGCCUGUGCUGGGGACUCUGUGGGAGCAGCAGGCUUCCCAGCACGUGUUGGACCCCGGCGUCUCCGGCUGCACCGAGUGGUCAGGACAUUGAGGCCGGGUCAGGGAGCGUGAGAUACAGGGACGAGCGGGCCCAGGGCUGAGCCCAGCGGUGUCCGGGUGGGCGGUGGCGUUGAGAUGGGAAUUGGGAAUCGCACCGGUGGUCUCAGGAGGAUGGAAAACCCAAGCAGCAGCUGGACCAGGACCGAGGCAAAGGGACCGCAGUUUAACAGAAAACCCAAAACGAGAGCGAGAAAAUGGCCAGAAACCCGUGCGAGAAACCCAAGCUCCGCCGAGCGCGGCGGGUCUGUGCCUUCGCUUCGCUUCCAGCCUCUCGCUUCCUUCUGACCCGACCCCGAGUUCUUUCUCCGGACGGUGUCGAGAACCCGGGCGCCGGCUUGGGCUGGGGUCUCGCUGGCAUCGGAGCCCCCCCGCCCCCGAGCCCUCAGGCAACAGCGAGGCGAGGACCCAGGGAACGCCAGGCCCCCGGACGCGACCCGCACGGCCCCUGCCAGCGGGGACCGAGGGGAGCCGGGGCUGCAGCCGCGAGUCCACGUCCCGCCCCCGGGCCCGGCCCAGCGACCGCCCCCGCCGCCCAGCGACCGCCCGGGCCCUCGGGGCGGGGACCGCGGACCUUCCUGGUGGCGCGGCAGCCGGGCGGCUCCUGCUUCCUCCCGGCCCUGGCGUGGAGCAGAGGGACGCAGGUUCCCACGCUGGCGCCCGGCGACCGGGUGGGGCUGCGGCCGCUCAGGCCCAGCAGCUCCAUGGAGGACGCCGGCGAGGACCCCACCACGUUUGCUGCCCACUCUCUGCCCAGUGACCCCCGUCUCUUGGCCACUGUGACCAACGCAUACCUGGGCACACGAGUGUUUCACGACACGCUGCACGUGAGCGGCGUGUACAAUGGGGCUGGCGGGGACACGCACCGGGCCAUGCUGCCCAGCCCCCUCAACGUCCGGCUGGAGGCCCCUGCAGGGAUGGGGGAGCAGCUGACCGAGACCUUUGCCCUGGACACCAACACAGGCUCCUUUCUUCACACCCUGGAGGGCCCCCGCUUCCGGGCCUCCCAGUGCAUCUAUGCGCAUCGCACGCUGCCCCACGUGCUGGCUUUCCGAGUGUCCAUCGCCCGCCUGGCCCCGGGGAGCGGGCCCAUCACGCUGCUCCUGCGGUCAGCCUUCUCCCCAGAAAGCCCAGACCUGGACCUGCAUCAGGGUCCUGACUUCCAGGGAGCCCGGUACCUGUAUGGCCACACUCUUACCCCUGAGCAGCCCGGGGGGCCACAGCAAGAGGUACACAUGCUGUGGACACCAGCACCCCCAGAUCUGACCCUUGGAGAAGGUGAGGAGGCUAGGACGUGGGACUUCCUGACGGCGGUGGGCGGCAGCCAGGCUGAGGCUCAGGCCUGCCUCACUGAAGCCCUGCAGCUGCAGGCCAGGGGAGCUCUGUACACGGCUCACGCACAGGCCUGGGCCCAACUCUGGGUAGAAUGUGGCUUGGACGUGGUGGGGCCCCUGCCGCUGCGCCAGGCCCUGCGUGGCUCCCUCUACUACCUGCUCAGUGCCCUGCCCCAGCCCAAGGCCCCAGGAUACAUCUGCCAUGGCCUCAGUCCUGGGGGCCUCUCCAAUGGGAGCCGUGAGGAAUGCUACUGGGGCCACGUCUUCUGGGACCAGGACCUCUGGAUGUUCCCGAAUAUCCUGAUGUUCCACCCAGAAGCCGCCAGGGCCAUCCUGGAGUACCGCAUCCGCACGCUGGACGGGGCCCUGGAGAACGCCCAGAACCUGGGCUACCAGGGAGCCAAGUUUGCCUGGGAGAGUGCAGACUCCGGCCUAGAGGUUUGCCCUGAGGACAUUUACGGAGUCCAGGAGGUCCACGUCAAUGGGGCCGUGGUGUUGGCCUUCGAGCUGUACUACCAUACCACCCAGGACCUGCAGCUAUUUCGAGAGGCUGGUGGCUGGGACGUGGUCAGGGCUGUGGCCGAGUUUUGGUGCAGUCGUGUUGAGUGGAGCCCCAGGGAGGAGAAGUACCACCUGAGGGGAGUCAUGUCCCCCGACGAGUACCAUUCAGGGGUCAACAACUCUGUGUACACCAACGUCCUGGUCCAGAACAGCCUGCGCUUUGCUGCUGCCCUGGCCCAGGACCUGGGUCUGCCCAUCCCCAGCCAGUGGCUGGCGGUGGCUAACAAGAUCAAGGUACCCUUUGACGUGGAGCAGAACUUCCACCCGGAGUUCGACGGGUAUGAGCCUGGAGAGGUGGUGAAGCAGGCAGACGUCGUGCUCCUGGGAUACCCAGUCCCCUUCUCCCUGAGUCCUGAUGUUCGCAGGAAAAAUCUGGAGAUUUACGAGGCUGUGACGUCCCCCCAGGGCCCCGCCAUGACCUGGAGCAUGUUUGCUGUGGGCUGGAUGGAGCUGAAGGACGCAGUGCGGGCCCGGGGCCUCCUGGACAGGAGCUUUGCCAACAUGGCUGAACCCUUCAAGGUGUGGACGGAGAAUGCAGACGGGUCAGGCGCUGUGAACUUCCUGACAGGCAUGGGGGGCUUCCUGCAGGCGGUGGUCUUCGGGUGCACGGGGUUCAGGGUCACCCGAGCGGGUGUGACCUUUGACCCUGUGUGUCUGUCGGGGAUCUCCAGAGUGAGCAUCUCCGGCAUCUUCUACCAGGGGAACAAGCUCAACUUCUCUUUUUCCGAGGACUCCGUGACCGUGGAGGUCACAGCUCGAGCAGGGUCCUGGGCUCCUCACCUGGAGGCUGAGCUGUGGCCAUCCCAGUCCCGGCUCUCCCUGUUGCCAGGACACAAGGUCUCCUUUCCCCGCUCGGCUGGCCGGAUACAAAUGUCACCCCCGAAGCUGCCUGGAAGUUCCAGCUCCGAGUUCCCUGGGAGGACUUUUUCAGAUGUUAGGGACCCGCUCCAGAGCCCCCUCUGGGUCACCCUGGGUUCCUCCAGCCCCACCGAGUCACUCACUGUGGACCCUGCCUCUGAAUAAUCAGGAACGGUGGCUUCAGAGACGUCUCUUGGGCCUUCCCUCUGGCCACGUCUGCACCCACCCCUCCUGGGCACCCUCCUAGCCUGCCAUCCCUCACCUGCAGCCAGGCUCUCAGGGAAGGUCCAUGCUGCUUGGCCUGAGUUCAGGGCUUUCUGCCUGUAGCCUGGACUCCCGUGGACCCCCGUGGGCAGGUGGCUUCCCCAUGGCAUCCCCACGCCGCCUCUGCCUGCCCCUGUGGACUGAUGCUAUCGCGCACCGUCCCACGGCCCCACCCCGAGCUCCUGAAGCCGGGGUCUGAGCCUGCAUCACCUCUGGCCUCUCAUCCCCCACUCUCCUGAGAGCCAGGGUCUGAGCCUGCAUCACCUCUGGCCUCUCAUCCCUGAGCCUGCAUCACCUCUGGCCUCUCAUCCCUGAGCCUGCAUCACCUCUGGCCUCUCAUCCCUGAGCCUGCAUCACCUCUGGCCUCUCAUCCCUGAGCCUGCAUCACCUCUGGCCUCUCAUCCCUGAGCCUGCAUCACCUCUGGCCUCUCAUCCCCCACUCUCCUGAGAGCCAGGGUCACAGCGGCCGGCCACUCUGCUGAGAAGGCAGAGAGGCAGGCACAGGCCUCAGCGUGGACAGCAGGGAUAAGGGGCACGAAGGACGGGGACUCGGCCUCUUCAGAAUUCCUCAGGACUCUCAGGUGCAGCUUUGCCAAAAAGGAACUUUUCAUGUCAUGCAGUUGAGGGGACUUAGUCUCAAUCCCAGGCUCCUCUUGACUCUGGGCAGCUUUAAUCAGGUUGGGCAGCCUCUGCUACAGCGUGGGGUGGGAUGGCUCUCUUCCCUCAGCCACGCCGCUUGUGAGGACAGAGGUGGGGGAGUGGGAAGUGGGAAGUCACCAGAGAACAGGAGAGGGAUUUGAGGGCGAGACCCCAGCGCUCUCCACGGACCAGCCAGAGGGACUGGAGCCAGGUGUGCAUGGGUUCAAGGCCCUGGCCCUGCCCAGCCUCUGUCUUGGGAGCUCAGCCCCAGGGUUCGGUCGUCAGCAGUUUCCCAAGAACAAGAUGUGAUGGCAUCUGCUGCUGAAACCCUGAUGAGGACCAGGCCCCCUGCACCGCUGUCAGCCUGAGGAAUUAAAGCUUUGGUGCUGGGAAGAACAUUA